AUGGUGCAAAUCUUCAACAUUCUGGUCCUCCCGGGCGAUGGCAUCGGCCCAGAGGUGAUGGCCGAAGCUGUCAAAGUUCUAAAAGCCUUCGAAACACCACAACGCCAAUUCCAGCUCCGUCAAGAACUGAUCGGAGGAUGCAGUAUUGACACGCACGGUAAGUCUGUCACUGAAGAAGUGAAACAGGCAGCUUUAGACUCGGACGCAGUCCUGUUCGCUGCCGUGGGAGGCCCGAAAUGGGACAAUGCGCGUCGAGGGCUGGACGGGCCCGAAGGAGGCCUGUUGCAGCUGCGCAAGGCGAUGGACAUCUACGCAAAUCUACGGCCGUGCUCGGCUAGCUCACCGAGUGCGUCCAUUGCGAAGGAAUUCAGUCCGUUCAAGCAGGAUGUGAUUGAGGGCGUGGACUUUGUCGUCGUGCGGGAGAAUUGCGGCGGAGCGUAUUUUGGUCGCAAGGUUGAGGAACCAGACUAUGCAAUGGAUGAAUGGGGCUACUCCGAGGCUGAAAUACAGCGUGUCACCCGUCUAGCUGCGCAGGUUGCUCUGCGUCACGAUCCGCCAUGGCCAGUGAUCUCGCUCGAUAAAGCCAAUGUAUUGGCCUCCUCCCGGUUGUGGCGACGAGUCGUGGAAAAAACGAUAACGACUGAAUAUCCCCAAGUGAAGCUGGUGCACCAGCUGGCCGACUCGGCCUCGCUGAUCCUGGCAACGAACCCACGUACUCUGAACGGCGUACUUCUGGCCGAUAAUACCUUUGGUGACAUGAUCUCCGAUCAGGCUGGGUCUAUUGUGGGCACAUUAGGUGUGCUGCCGAGUGCCAGUCUCAAUGGGCUGCCAGGUGAGAAGGGACUGACAACGCGACCAUAUGGCCUCUACGAGCCAACACAUGGUUCUGCCCCAACCAUUGCUGGCCAGAAUAUCGCCAACCCUGUCGCCAUGAUCUUGUGCGUUGCCCUCAUGUUUCGCUACUCGCUCAACAUGGAGACGGAGGCGCGGCAGAUUGAAGAUGCCGUGCGUAAAGUGUUAGACUCGGGAAUACGGACACCUGAUUUGGGAGGUAAGGCUGGCACUAAAGAGGUGGGUGAUAUGAUUGUCUCUGCGCUGUAG